CUUUCACGUGUAGCUGUUUUUGAACUGUGUUGCCCUUGUGGCUUUCCAUGAUCGACCUUGUCUGACCUUAUUAAUGAGGCUGAGAAAACCCCACUUCGCCGCAUCCACCGAAGCUAUGGCUUAUGACUAAGCUUCCAAUGGUAAAAGACAACUUGCAAUUUCUAUCUUUCUUCCGAAAACAUCAACAGUUCCAAAAUAGUUUUAUUUUUGCUAUAGGUUCCAUCCAAGCUAACAACCAUGUCAGCUGUGGACAUGUUCUUUGCAGCGCCGCCAGUGACUAGAACACUGACGGCGCUCACGUUUUUCAUUUCCGUCGCCCACUAUGCUGGCCUCGUACCAGGCAUAUACGAUUGGAUAUAUUUCCAUCAUUCACUCAUAUUCAAAUUCCCUCCUCAGUUGUGGCGGUUUGCGACAUGCUUCAUGCUCACUGAUGAGAGGUUUAGCAUCCUGAUGGACCCAUACUACAUGUACAUAUAUGGGAAGAAGUGCGAGACCGGCUCGUCAAAGUUCACGAAGCCAGGAGAUUUUUUCUUCUACCUCGUUUUCGUGUGCCUAGCGCUCCUGGGUGUCAACUAUGCCAUCUUUGGGUGCCCAUAUAUUUUGACCUCUGCGCUUUACACUGCCUUCGCCUACACAGCGACGCAGGAUGAGGGAGGGCAAACGCGGAUAUUUAUCCUGGACAUCCCUACGCGUGCUCUCCCACUGGCGCUAUGCUUCAUGACCUUCGUGUCGAAAGGGAGCUUGAGCCCUGCAUUGGUUCAGGCCACGGGAAUUCUCGUGGCACACCUCUAUGACUUUCUCACAAGACUGUACCCUACGUUUGGAGGAGGGGUAAAUAUUUUGACCACGCCGGCCUUUGUUCGCCGUUGGUUCGAACCGAAGACGAUCUCUGUAAGCCACAAGUCCCAUGGCACGUCGUUUCAGCCCGCCGCGCCGCGGGCUGCUGCUUCAGGAUCUACGGCUCCUGGUGGGGUGCUCCCGGAAUCGUGGAAGAGCCGUGGAUCGGGCCACAGACUUGGCGGCGAUUGAGUGGGAUGGAACCACUUGGACUGCACACUUUAAUAUUAGCGGGAUUAAGAUACGAGAAGAAUGAAAUAAAUAUGAAUCACUAGAAUCACUGGCCUGAAUGUCUAUUUGCUUGUGAAGGCGUUUGGCAGCUGUUUCAUGGGGGGGAAAAAUUGUACUCGUUUAAUGCCAGCAAUCUAAACGGAUGCAAUUUCUCUCCGCUCUAUUUUGAAGUAAGAUGGC